AUGGUUCAUUCGAGAAAAUUCCCUGGUUAUCAAAAUGCGUUUUACCAGAUAUCAAAACCAAGUACAUCAAAAUUUGAGAGUUCAGCUACUAGAAAAAAUCAAUUGAUCAGAUGGACGAGCGUUGAGCUAAACGAGCUAAACGAAUCACAACGAGAAGUGCCGAGGGUGAAUGUCAUGUUGAAAACCACCACUUUCCCUAACGAUUCUCAACCAUCGACUAAAAGAAUAAGUGUCGAUGAAAUGAAUCUCUGGAUGGAUUCGUUGCCCGAUCCACCAACAUUUCCCAUUGAUCGUUUGAAGAUGUUCAAGGAGGGGUUGAUCAGUGAUUUCAAUCAGAGAAAGAUGAAUGUGCAGAAGCGAGUGCUUCGAAUUCCGCAAAUCCCAAACGAUCAACGCCAAGAGAUCGAAUUCUCAUCGAAAGUGACGAGAAUUUUGCCUCAAACCUUUCACCCAGUUAGAAGUGAAACGAUUGCUAAACGAUUUACAGAACUGAACAGAAUCAACACAACGAAAAGAAUUCCUGUACAAUUUGGAAAUGAUCGUUGCACUGAUUUA